AAGGUACAUUUACAAUCUCAGUGCACUGUCACGUAAAAAUAAAUGAACAGCGAUUUAGAGGCAGCACAUCCACUAAGUGGUUCUUCAUCUUCCUGAUUCCUGACUGAAUUGGAAUUGAAAAUAUUGGUUUUUGAGGAGAGAGGUAAACCGGAGUACCCGGUAAAAAAAUUCACGGAGAAAGGGAGUUGGCCAACGAUGUCGACAAACUCAACCCACAUAUGGCUUCCACGCUGGGAUGAUUUGAACCCGGGCCACAUUUGUGGGACGCAGGUGGUCUCACUACUGCGCCACCGACCCUUGCUCUGCCUCCCACCCAGCUUACCAUCUGAGAUAUUAGAUAGUGAGUUAAUACUUAACCUUUAACUCUCCCACAGCCAAUAAUGGCGGUAUGAAGUUUAAUUCUAAAUGCUAACUUUUUAGUCUUGGUGGGCGAAAUCCUAUUGUAUAACUAUUCACGUAAAAUUUAUUUUAAUCAGCGGUUGUUUCGCUGGAAGCUUUUUUUAAAAUUUUAUAACAACAUUAUAUAUUUCUUUUCUUGAAUUCUAAUAUUUCGCUUAAUUGAGUGCUUAGGCGUUAACACCCUAAUGUACAUUAGACGCACUUCAGAAUGCCUAAACUGACCUUACCUGUGAGAGUUCAAAUAAACGAGUGCUGAAAUGUAAUUAUAGUUAUUGGAAGUUAUUAUCAGUUUAUUUCACUCUAACACACUCGUCAAUAAUCUCGAUUUUUUUUUUUAGAUCCCGGCGCUCCCACAUCUCAUGCUCCUUUCACUAUACCUGAAACUACGCCCAGGCCCCCUCCGGUAAUGCCUCCUUUUCCCGGUUUCCCUGGUAACCAGAAAAGAAGUCUGAGGUUGAGGAAAAUAUCCAGGCGAAGCAAAAGCUGGUAAUUAAUGUUCUUCACAGUUAUGAUUAGAUAUCUAAAAGUGUGAUAAUAUAUGCUAAGUGCUUAGUGUGUUCAGUUUACCUAUCUAUCACAUAAUUAUAUUGUCUUUUCUAACUUUUGCAACUCUAAUAUAAUGAUAACUUUGUACGUUCCCUUCAUUUUCACUCAAAAUCAUUUUUGAAAUCUGAGAAAUGCUUGAGCUUCAACGUGAGUAAAAUUCGUCUGAACAACUAAAGUUUCAAUUGCGUGAAUGAGCGCUUUUCACGAUCAUGUCACUUUAAUAAUUCGGUUUGACUAGGUUGGUUUGUCGUCAUGCAGUCUGGUUGAAUAUACUUCUCCGUUUUGUAGAAAAUGUUCUCUUUCCAAUCGAAUUGUAAGCCUUCAGCUAGUAUUUUACCAUGAGAUGUAAGACAGAAAAAAUUACCGCUUGCGCUCGUGUGAUUAGUAUAAAUUUACUAGCGUUCGUCAAAGGAAUUCUAUGGACUUGCGAAAACAUUGUAAAAGGACUACUUAUACUUACUCCAAAGGGAGCAAAAAAGCGGUUUUUUUAAGUUUGGAGAGUUACGAGAGAGGUCAAUUCUCCUAAACAAUAAAAAUGAUAAAAAAAUAUAGUGUUUUUUUUUUUCUUCAUCACAUCUUCAUCACACAGAGGAAGCACAAUCCUUCAUUGCGAUAAUAUUUUAAAAUCUUUUUAUUUUUCAAUUACAGAGGGUUAUCUUGAAGAUGGAGGGCACGAUUGACUGGCAGUCUCAAGUUUUCACAACUGUGUUUGUCUUUAUACUCGGAGAUGGUCACUACUGGCCGAUGAUUUCUCAUUACAAUCCUUAAUCAUUUCAUUUAUAGAUAUGA